UCAAGGUAAUUUAAAAGCCUUAUCCCUACCAUAUCUCACGAUUUCAUUUGGACCACUCGCCCACGAUCCAACAAGAAGCGCGUGAGUGUAGCAUCACAUCUUCCCCUGAAUGAGUGGCACUGACAUCAUAGUUAACAUAGUAACCCCUACACGUCGACACCUUCCCAUAUUCAUGUGAUCAUGUACCUAAGUUAUGUACUUUCAUUUUUCUUUCUUCUCUCUGUCUCUGUCUCUGUUAUAACUUCCAUCCCCACUUGAAUCAUCAAAAGCUGUAACCGAAAGCUCAAAACUUUCGCUGCUUUCUCCGCGUUUCACUUAUGGUAACACAAAUUUCCUCGAUUCUGAAACCGACCCGUAUUAGUUAAACGUUUUCAUUCUUCAAAGUCACCGCCUUUCCUCACAGAUACCUCAAAACAUCGGUUUCAGAGAAUACCAUUAUGGAGGAGCCUCUGCUUCCAUAUUUCAGCCCCAGAAAGAAGCCUUCACCAUUGGCACCGCAGCUUUGUCCUUUGCCAGAACAUGAUGAGAUGGUUCUUCCUUUGACCCCUUCGCAGUUCAAGGAUCGCCUCAUAUUUGGCCCUUCUUGUGCCUCACCAAGGGACCCUUCACCUUUGGCUGAGGCAUUAACACUUUCUUAUAAUUCCCCCAAAUGUGCUUCUUCUUCCUCCACCACACAGGACUUAGCAUCGGCACUCUUUGAUUCGCAACAGUCCCAACAACAACAACAACAACAACAACAGCAGCAGCAACACUCCUCUUGGCUCCUUGACCCCAAUUAUUCAUGGAGAAAAACCAACCUUCAUCGCUCCAAAACUGCACCAGCUAUGGCUGUGAUCAGCGAUUUCAAUCACCAACCCACUGUGAAAAGACCCCAAUUUGGUAGCCAGUCUAUUGUGCACCAGGCUUUUAUUCUUCUUGUUCUUUAUUUGGCUCUAGGGGUGGUAAUAUAUUGGUUCAAUCGGCAUAAUUUUUCAGCAACUGAGACUCAUCCUGUAGUGGAUGCAUUGUAUUUUUGUAUAGUGACCAUGUGCACAAUAGGAUAUGGUGACAUUACUCCCAAUAGUACUGCAACAAAGCUUUUCUCUAUAUUGUUUGUGUUGGUUGGUUUUGGUUUUAUUGACAUAUUGCUCAGUGGGAUGGUUAGCUAUGUUCUUGAUUUGCAGGAGAGUCAUUUGUUGAGGGCAGUGAAGGGUAGGGGAGAAAAGGAUGGGAGGUCUUAUAUAGUUGAUGUGAAGAAAGGGAGGAUGAGGAUUAGGUUGAAGGUGGGGUUGGCAUUGGGGGUUGUGGUGCUUUGUAUUGGAAUAGGUGUGGGGGUUAUGCAUUUUGUGGAAAGGCUUGGAUGGUUGGAUUCUUUUUAUCUUUCAGUUAUGUCUGUUACCACUGUUGGGUAUGGAGACCAUGCAUUCAAGACCUUGCAGGGUCGAAUCUUUGCUGCAAUUUGGUUGCUUGUGUCAACGCUUGCAGUUGCCCGAGCAUUCCUCUAUUUGGCUGAGGCAAGAGUGGAUAAGCGACAUAGGACGAUGGCAAAGUGGAUUCUUGGUCAGGAUAUGACUGUUUCUGAGUUUCUUGCUGCAGACAUAGACAAUAAUGGCUUUGUGAGUAAAUCAGAAUAUGUUAUAUACAAGCUCAAGGAGAUGGGAAAAGUAUCUGAGAAAGACAUCAUGCAGGUUAGCGAGAAGUUUGAUAGACUAGAUGCCGGCAACUGUGGAAAAAUAACUCUUGCGGAUCUCAUGGAGAAUCACAAUUGAUGAGCUCAGUGUGGCCAUUCAAGAGACAAGGGAAUUAGAUUUCUUCAAUGUUGUCAAUUAGUGAGAAUUUAGAGAAGGGGGUGACAGAUUUUCGGGUAGCAUGCUGGCGAGUGGACUGCAGUUGAAGGGAACUUUCUUCAUUUGUGGGUUGGGAGGGAUAUUAGAUUCACAAGUUGCAUGCUGGAGAUUUUCCCUCCACCCUUCUGCCAUGGUCAUUAACUCAAUGAGGCAUAUUGACUGUGAAUGGUGGUGAAUUUUUGGGUUCUUUUGCCUGAAUUUCACAAAUUAUUUAGAAGAUGGUAAGUAAUUGACCUUGCCAUAAUUCGGGUAUAACCAAUCACAAUAUUGUCAGGUUGAUGAGAUGGCUUGUGGUAAUGGAGGGGACAAUUUUGAUUGGUUAAAUAGUUAUUUUUGUACAUAUUCUUUUUUGAAAAUCAAUUGCAUUAAUUCUUUAGCAUCUUCUUUCCGGUGAGCUUUUGUGUGUUAAGGCUCUCUUGGUUAAUUGCACAAUAAUGUGGAACAUCUUGGUGACUUUCGUCUACUGUCUUUGCCAAGAUGAUUGGAUUAGCUACAUUUGUAAUAAAAUAUCCGUCUUAUAAAUUCUGAGUUCAGUAAAGAUAUUUGAACAGACUUGAAAUCACAUAUUUCCAGGUCAUCAGAUAAUACAUCCAGUAGGAAUUGUUUAUGG